AUGGUAAAAGCCGACAUGAACCAAGAAAGUUUUCCGAAGACGCAGAAAAAGGCGAAAGCCCCGGACAAGGCUGUGCAUCCGUACAGUCGGAAAGCAGCCUACAUGGCCCGGGAGGAAAUACGACUCCAGAAAAAAGAACGACAGAAAGUUGGCAAAGCCGCACGUCUGAACAAUAUUGGUGAGAAGUUGCUAUGGUUUCAGAGUCAGUUGGAUCCUGAAAAGACGGCGUAUAGCAAAAAAGAUGCCUGCGACAUCAUUGAAAGGUACCUCCGACGUUUCGACGGCGAGCUGGAGCAGAUCGAGCUGAAGAACGGCAUCAAGGGACGUCGGGGGCGUCCGCACGGCGCCAGGGAGGACGUCAUCGAGCGGACGGUGGAGCGCGAGCGGGCGCUGUACCGCGGCGUCGGUCUCGAGAUCCCGGACUUGGUCGAUGCCAAACAUCUCAAAACGUUCAGGGAGUGGACGGGGGAUCUGAAGAAACUUCCUAACAUUAAACUGAGGAAGAUCUCAAGUAAGGAUGCAGAAGAGCAGAAGAAGGACAAACCGAAAGAAGAUCGCGAGGAGGAGUUAGACCCGGACGUUCCCAUGUCUGACGCCGACCCGUAA